GUCACCGCUACCGUCAGGGCUCUCGAACAUGGGCGGGUCACCUCCGACGUCUAUGUAUCAGCCUCACUACCAAGCUUUCUCCUCACUCAACAACGCCUUGGGUGAGUACGCAGGAUCACCACUAAACUCCCCAGGUCUCCCCAACGGCUUAGGUUCCCCAGCAACACCCCCUCACAGUGGCUCAUCCUCCCCGGCCACACAGCAACAACAGCAGUCCCAACAACAACAACAGCUCAGCGGAGGCCAACAGCAACAACAACAACAACAACAACAACAGCAACAACAACAGCAAGAUCUGCAGCAGAACUGUGGCAUGGGGUCGAUGGGCAUGGGUAUGAGCGUAGGCAUGGGCGGCGAAGACAUGUGGAGAGGGUCGAGUAUCGCCCAACUGCGGCGCCGGGCUUUUGAACACUCCGCCUCCAUGGCCGUCUUCAGGUAAAGUUCCUGAGGCUGGCGCUGAGGAGGAGAC